GAAGACAAACACAGAUCGUCAUUAGUAAAUGUUAACUUCUAUAACACUGUUCUGUACUGAAACGUCACAACUGAAUGAUCCGUUCUUGAAGUUUGAUUGUUGAAAGGAAGGAAAGAGAGUAAGCAUAAAGAUAUCUGAUAAGGAAUAAAGUGUGAUGGCUAAUACGUGGGAGGAACCGGCACCAUGAAGACAUCACAGCGGUACAGCACCACCACGGCCUCCUGAUCCCAGCCUUAUAUGUCCCCACUGUGGGAGGAUGUGCGGCUCCCAGACUGGGCUUCAUAGCCACAUCCAGUGGCAUCGUGGUCAGGAACAGUGAUCACUGUCCAGUUUGAUAGAAGCUUUGACAACGAUGGACCGGCUAAGCUAAGACUGGAAGUCAGACAAACUCUCCAGUCUACAUUUUGUAAAAGUCAUCAAGAUCUUGUGUCAGCAUCAUGUCCAUGAAAUCAACCUUAAGUCUAGAAGCCACCAAGGCUAACAGUUUAGCAAAGGAGGAUUUCUGCUGUCCGGUCUGUCAGGAGGUCUUCAGAGAUCCUGUUGUUCUGUCAUGUAGCCACAGCUUCUGUAAAGUCUGUCUGAAGAACUGGUGGAGACAGAAUCCAUCACACCAGUGUCCAGUUUGUAAGAGAAGAUCUUCAAAGAAAGAUCCACCUUCAAACUUGGUGUUGAGGAACCUGUGUGAGUCCUUCUUACAGGAGAGAGAUCAGAGAUCUCCAGAGGCUCUCUGCAGUCUGCACUCUGAGAAACUCAGACUCUUCUGUCUGGACCAUCAGCAGCCAGUGUGUCUCGUCUGCAGAGAUUCAGAAAAACACUCCAACCACAGAUUCAGACCCAUCGAUGAAGCUGCAACAGAUCUAAAGAAGAUCCUUCAGGAAACUCUGGAGCCCUUAAAGGAGAAGUUAAAGGUUUAUGAACGAGUUAAAGUGAAGUUUGAUGAAACAGAAAAACACAUCAAGGUCCAGGCCCGACACACAGAGAGGCAGAUUAAGGAGCAGUUCAAGAAGCUUCACCAGUUUCUAGCAGAGGAAGAGGAGGCCAGGAUGGCUGCACUGAGGGAGGAAGAGGAGCAGAAGAGUCAGAUGAUGAAGGAGAAGAUGGAGGCUCUGAGCAGAGAGAUAGCAGCUCUUUCAGACACAGUCAGAGCCACAGAGGAGGAGCUGAGAGCUGAAGACAUCUCAUUCCUCAACAACUACAAGGCUGCAGUGGAAAGAGUCCAGCGCUGCCCCCUGCUGGAUGAUCCACAGCUGCCCUCAGGAGCUCUGAUAGACCAGGCCAAACAUCUGGGCAACCUGGCCUUCAACAUCUGGAACAACAUGAAGGACCUGGUCUCCUACACUCCUGUCAUUCUGGAUCCAAACACUGCUGGAAGAAAACUGAUCCUGUCUGAAGAUCUGACCAGUGUGAGAUUAGGAGAUAAACAACAACUUCCUGAUAAUCCAGAGAGGUUUGAUUGUUUCUGGUCUGUCCUGGGCUCUGAGGGCUUUAACUCAGGGACUCACAGCUGGGAUGUUGAGGUUGGAGAUAACACAGGAUGGUUACUGGGUGUGUUAGCAGAGUCUGUCCAGAGGAAGGGAUUCAUACGAUCUGGAUUGUGGAGAAUAUGGUUCAGUGGAGGUAAAUACUCAACAUAUUCACCAUCAGCUCCUUCCACUUUUCUCCCAGUAAAGAAGAAGUUCCAGAGGAUCAGAGUGAAUCUGGACUGGAACAGAGGAAAUCUGUCCUUCUCUGAUCUUGAUACUAACACACACAUACACACCUUCAAACACACUUUCACUGAGAUGAUGUUUCCAUACAUUGGAACUGGACAUAAACUCAAACCAGUGAAGAUUUUACCAGUGAAUGUCUCUGUGUCAGUGAAUCAGAUCAGUUAGAGAUAAACAGGAUGACUAUUAAUGUUUAUUGGGCUGUAAUAACUAAUCACUGUCAGUGAUCAUAUAAACUGUAGUUUUGUCAUCAUGAUGUCGGGUCAGUUACGUCACUGGAACCAAUGAAAAGAUAUUUUAUAUCUGGUGGUUGGAACUAGAUCAUUGAGUUCAUAGUUUAAAAUCUUUUUUGAAGUCACACAAGACAUGUUGAAGCUACACUGAAUAUAAAUGGAUUUAGUUGAUGUUACUGACGCACAAGGAGGUCACAGCAGAUACUGAAAACAAGGGUUCAAUGACGUUUACAACUCACUGAUACGAAUAAAUGAUUCAUUCAGUUAAAUAAACAAACACAUGAGUCUAAUCUUUGUGUUUCGUGUGAUUGAUUUGGUUCUUUGUCUACUUUCAGGACUUGUAUAAAAAUCUGUUGAUGUUUUGAUUCAUUUUCAUGCAGAAAUGUUGAAAACUCUGAAAUAUGUAAAUAUUUUUAAGUGGCACUGUGUAUGGAUGGAGGUUGUCUUGUAAAAUAUUUACCUACUUCCUAUUAUUGGGGGGAUUUUUGGCUAUUUGUAUUUCUGGUUAGAGGCUAAAGCAGCCAACAGGUUAGAAUCAACAACCUUCAGGCUCUAAUGCUAACGACUGCUAAAGGUAGCUAACGUCCACUUAGAGCAGAGCGUUAUUGGUGGUAGACUCUUGGUAUC